UGAGGGAAUAGAGAAGAGGAGAAAGGAGAUUAUUCAGUCAUAGUUUAUAGUUACACUGGUUCAAUAGUACCAAAUUGGUAAAUAGCAGCUAAAUACACAUUUCUAUAAUGUCCUGUUUCAGUAUUGGUCGACGUUCUUUACUAAAUUUGAGGAUACGUCCAGCGCAGCGUUACGGCAAUUCCACCACCACAAGCACAGUUCCCGAAAUAAAGAAACUGUACAUCAGAAAUGUUUUCAAAGAUAAUCCUUCUGCGAAAUAUUAUGCACUCACAGUUAUCGCUGUAGCUACUGGCACGACCUACUAUGUUUACAACAAGAGACAAAAGACAAAAUUCAUUUUGAAAUUGCUUUCAAGUGCUCCAAGCCACUUUACUGUCCCACAAGAUACUGAAAUUGAUAAACUAAGGUCUUUUCUGGAUAGACAGGGCAGUUUACACCAAGUGUCAAUAUCUGGACCACUAGGAUCAGGAAAAACACAGCUAGCCAGAUUACUAGCCGAAAAUUUGAAUGAAACCCGAAGGGAAAGCUUUCAAUUUAAAUUAUGGCCAAAAGAUGAAAUCACAUUCAGUUUGUUUGCUAAGACCAAAGAGUCGCUGUUAUCAAGUUUAAAAGAACUUGCUAGUAAAUUAGGUUGUGAAAAAGAUGAAGUUAAGCUGGAUUGUUGUAAUUUAGACAAGCAACUUGAUGUUUUUAGCCAAGUUGUUAAGGAAAAAUUGAAGCAGAAGACAUGUUGGAUACUGGUCAUUGAUGAUCUUGAUGAAGACAAGGAUUUAACAAAGUGGUUACCAGAUUCUGCGUGGGGGAAUGGUUAUGUCAUAUACACCAUAAAUUCAGAGUGCACUGGUCAUUCAGAUAAUAAAAAGCAUUUUGCAAACCUAUCCCUAAACCAAAUAACAAGUGAAUCUGCAAAACAGAUCUUUUCUGGUAUCACAGGAGAAAAUUGUGAUGAAAACCUUUUAAACCUGCUCCAGUAUAAUCCAUUGUCAAUUGCUUGCACUGCAAUAUAUUUUCAGUGUAAAGUUCAACAAAAUAAGAACUACAGUCAUGAAAAUCUUUACACAGACAUUGAGCAAACUCUAAAGCAGUUACAAAAAGAUAAUCCAGAUUUUAACCAGCUUUGGAUUAUUCAGACCAGUUCAGUAGCUCUAGCUACCAAAGUUUUAGGAGAAAAUUCUCCUGAACUUCUUCAUGUCUUUGACUUUCUUGGCUCUUGCAAUGUUAAUAAACCAUUGCCUGUGAGUAUGUUUUCACAUCAUCUUAAAACAUCCGAAUAUCAUGUGCAAAUGAAACCUGAGGAAGCAGCUGAACAAUUUGUGAAUAAUGAAGAGGCAAACUUAUCAGUAAAUCCCAGUUUUGAACACGAACAUAAUCUAUGGUCAUUCCGUGGUAUUGUUGAUCGUUCAGUCAAGUUAUAUGAAAGAAUCAAACUUGAAGUAGAUGCCAUUAGAAGUCUAUUUGGUUAUGGAGAUGCAGCAUUGGGAAUUCAAUCCAAACCAGCCUCAGAUGGUCUAGAUGCCAUUCGUUCAUGCCCAUUAUUUCUUGUAUCACAUGAGCCAAUGGCUGAUAUCGAAGUUAUAACCACUCAUCCUAUUGUGCACAAUGUCCUUCGACAAGUAUUUCUAAAUAUCACGAUUCCGUUACUGGAGCAACAACAUUUGCUCCUUGCUGAAAGAAAACAUCAACAAAAGUCAUAUUUUGGUCGGUUGCGAAGCUUCGAUCCCCAAGCGUCGUUAGCGGAAUAUCGCAGAGGAUUAGGAGAUGUUCAAUCGUUGAAAAGUGAUGAAGAGAAUUUUACCUUUACCUGCGUUGGCAGUAUUCUUGAUUCUAAAGAAGACGACGAUAGCGUUAGCCAAGCCCAAAGUAUCUCGAGACAUUUUCAAGAACACUUGGGUCGUGUUGUAGAUUCUCUUAGCUGCCACUAUCGUAUUGCUGGCGGCGACAGCAAUGUCAUGGUUUCCAGGUCCUUGUUACUGCCUCAUCUUGAAAGUAUCGCCCAGGAAAGAAAUCUAACAGCUGCGAGCAAAGCCCAAGUUUAUCGCACGAUGGCAAACAUCCAUUCCGAAGUGUUUGCAGAUAAUGCUUCCAGUAUGCGGCUUUUGAACGAGGCUUAUGCUAUCACCAAAGAACGGUAUGGUGAAGACAGUCUGGAAAUCGCAGGAAUACUGACUGACCAAGCUGAACUCUGCAGUGCAACGGAGAAACUCGAUCAAAGUAAAGUGCUAUUGGAACGUGCGGUUGAGAUAUAUCAGAAGGAUAUCAAAACUUCCCAGACCAACAAACAACCAUUCCACUAUGGUAAAGCUCUGGUCGCACUAGGCGUAGCAUGUGGUAGUCUUGGUGACACAGGUCGUUCUAAAGAUCUGUUGGAGAAAGGGUUGAUGGAAUUACAAAAUGCUGCUCCUGAAGAUCCUCAAGCCAAAGAAAACAAAUGGUUUGCAGCUGAAAUCAGUAGCGCGGUCACUUAUCUUGGUCAUGCUUAUAUCGCACUGGGUAAAAUAAAUCAAGGUCGUAAGUUGCUAGAACUGGCUCUUAUUGGCCACCAGAAUGUGCACGGUGAUACACAUCAAGAAGUCAUUCGUACUCUGACUACACUAAGUAUUGCACAUGCCAUGCAGGGGAACAGUCAGGAAAGCAAGAGACUGAGAAACGAAGCUGGAAAAAUUCAGAAAAAAUUAGAUAUAAGGACACCAUUGUUUUUACAAUGAGAACUUUGUUCUAAGAAAUAUUUGUAUUUGAUAUGAACCAUUUUUAAAGGGUUCCGUAUUGUUUUGUUUUAAAGGAUGUGUUUUCAUACA